ACGGGUAGCCGCCAUCUUCUCCACCAAGCCGGCCUCGCCCGCCGCGCCCGCGGCUCCGGCAGCGCACGGGUUAAGGCUGGCACCGCGCCCCGCGGGGGGGGACUCCCAUCUCCCCUCCCCUCCCCCCCGUGCCGGGCAUGCGGGGCCCGCUGGGCACAGAGGAGGAGCCGCCGCAGCUGCCCGAGGAGGAGGAAGAGGAGAUGGAGAACGACGAGGACAUGUCAGGGCUUUCUCCUUACUCCUCGAAGGGCCUGAGUAACACCCCUGUCUUUUGGUUGCCUCCAGAAGAAGAGGAUGGGGGCCUUGAAGGCCUGGAAGAAUUUUAUCCUGAGGAACCAGUGUGUGUUCCCAAGAAGAAGAAAUCCAAGAAACUCAAGGAGAACAAGACAUCUAAAGUAAAACGGAGAAAGAAAGAGGGAAGCAAUGAUGAGCUGUCUGAUAAUGAAGAGGAGAUGGAAGAGAAAUCUGACAGUGAGGGGAGUGACUAUUCUCCUAAUAAAAAGAAGAAGAAGAAACUCAAAGAGAAGAAAGAGAAAAAAUCCAAGCGGAAAAAGAAGGAUGAAGAUGAUGAUGAUAAUGAAGAUGGAGGUUUAAAGGAGCCCAAGUCCUCAGGCCAGCUCAUGGAGGAGUGGGGCCUGGACGAUGUGGAUUACCUGUUCUCAGAAGAGGAUUAUCAUACUUUGACCAACUACAAGGCCUUCAGCCAGUUUCUUAGGCCUCUCAUUGCCAAGAAGAACCCCAAGAUCCCCAUGUCAAAGAUGAUGACGGUGUUGGGGGCCAAAUGGCGAGAGUUUAGCGCCAACAACCCAUUCAAGGGGAGCUCGGCGGCAGCGGCGGCAGCGGCAGUGGCUGCCGCCGUGGAGACAGUCACCAUCGCCCCGCCACUGACCGUCAGUCCACCUCAGCCCCUCCAGCCCAUGCCCAUCCGUAAAGCCAAGACCAAGGAGGGUAAAGGGCCUGGUGUGAGGAAGAAAGUCAAGGGCUCCAAGGACGGAAAGAAAAAAGGCAAAGGGAAAAAAAUGGCCGGGUUGAAGUUUCGGUUCGGAGGCAUGGCUAACAAGAGGAAAAAAGGCUCCUCAAGUGAGGAAGACGACCGGGAGGAGUCGGACUUUGACAGUGCCAGCAUUAACAGCUCCUCCAUGCGUUCUGAGUGUUCUUCAGCCUUGGGCAAGAAGGGCAAGAGGAGAAGGAAGAAGAAGAGAAUUGAGGAUGGGGAUGGCUAUGAGACAGACCACCAGGAUUACUGCGAGGUGUGCCAGCAAGGAGGAGAGAUCAUCUUGUGCGACACGUGUCCCCGAGCCUAUCACUUGGUGUGCCUUGAUCCAGAGAUGGAGAAGGCUCCGGAGGGCAAAUGGAGCUGCCCCCACUGUGAGAAAGAAGGCAUCCAGUGGGAACCAAAGGAUGAGGAGGAGGAGGACGAUGAGGGGGGCGAGGAAGAAGAGGACGACCACAUGGAAUUCUGCCGCGUCUGCAAGGAUGGGGGAGAACUUCUCUGUUGUGAUACCUGCCCGUCGUCCUAUCACCUGCAUUGCCUGAACCCGCCGCUGCCCGAGAUCCCAAAUGGUGAAUGGCUCUGCCCGCGCUGUACAUGCCCCCCCUUGAAAGGGAAAGUCCAGCGGAUCCUGCACUGGAAAUGGACAGAGCCGCCUGCCCCCUUCAUCACUGUGCUGCCCCCGCCUGAUGCUGACCCAGGCAUCCCUCCGCCCAAACCUCUGGAAGGCAUUCCUGAGCGGGAGUUCUUUGUGAAGUGGGCUGGACUGUCCUAUUGGCAUUGUUCCUGGGUGAAAGAGCUGCAGCUGGAGCUGUAUCACACGGUCAUGUAUCGAAACUACCAAAGGAAGAACGACAUGGACGAGCCGCCGCCCUUUGACUAUGGCUCUGGAGACGAGGAUGGCAAGAGCGAGAAGAGGAAGAGUAAGGACCCGCACUAUGCCAAGAUGGAGGAGAGGUUUUAUCGCUACGGGAUCAAGCCGGAGUGGAUGAUGAUUCACCGAAUCCUGAACCACAGCUUUGACAAGAAAGGGGACGUGCAUUACCUGAUCAAAUGGAAGGAUCUCCCCUACGACCAGUGUACCUGGGAGAUUGAUGACAUUGAUAUACCCUACUAUGAAAACCUGAAGCAAGGUUAUUGGAACCACAGAGAGCUGAUGUUAGGAGAAGAUUCCAGACCACCCAAGAGACUGAACAAGAAGGGAAAAAAGCUGAAAGAUGACAAACUGGAAAAGCCCCCAGAGACUCCCUUAGUGGAUCCCACUGUCAAGUUCGACAAGCAGCCAUGGUACAUCGAUGCCACAGGAGGGACACUCCACCCUUAUCAGCUGGAGGGAUUGAACUGGCUGAGGUUCUCCUGGGCCCAGGGCACAGACACCAUCUUGGCCGAUGAGAUGGGGCUGGGGAAGACUGUCCAGACCAUCGUGUACCUAUAUUCCCUCUAUAAGGAGGGUCACUCUAAGGGGCCAUACCUGGUCAGUGCCCCCCUGUCCACCAUCAUCAAUUGGGAGAGGGAAUUUGAGAUGUGGGCACCUGACUUUUAUGUGGUCACUUACACUGGGGACAAGGAAAGCCGAUCAGUAAUCCGGGAGAAUGAGUUUUCCUUCGAGGACAAUGCCAUCCGGAGUGGGAAGAAGGUUUUCCGCAUGAAAAAAGAAGCACAAAUCAAGUUCCACGUCUUGCUCACGUCCUACGAACUCAUUACCAUUGACCAGGCCAUCCUGGGGUCCAUCGAAUGGGCCUGUCUUGUGGUAGAUGAGGCUCACAGGCUGAAAAAUAACCAGUCCAAGUUCUUUAGGGUGUUGAAUAGCUACAGGAUUGACUACAAGCUGCUGCUCACAGGGACACCCCUCCAGAACAACCUGGAAGAGCUAUUUCAUCUUCUAAAUUUCCUGACUCCAGAACGGUUCAACAAUCUGGAGGGCUUCUUGGAGGAGUUUGCGGACAUCUCCAAGGAAGAUCAGAUCAAGAAGCUGCAUGACCUGCUGGGGCCCCACAUGCUACGGAGACUGAAGGCUGAUGUGUUUAAGAACAUGCCAGCCAAGACGGAGCUGAUCGUGAGGGUGGAGCUGAGCCAGAUGCAGAAGAAAUACUACAAGUUCAUUCUGACCAGAAAUUUUGAAGCCUUGAACUCCAAAGGCGGGGGAAACCAGGUGUCGCUACUUAACAUCAUGAUGGACUUGAAGAAAUGCUGCAACCACCCUUAUCUCUUUCCAGUGGCCGCCGUGGAGGCACCAGUCUUGCCCAAUGGCUCCUAUGAUGGCAGCUCCUUGGUCAAGUCUUCUGGGAAGCUCAUGCUCCUCCAGAAGAUGCUGAAAAAGCUGCGUGAUGAAGGGCACCGGGUUUUGAUCUUCUCCCAGAUGACCAAAAUGCUGGAUCUGCUAGAGGACUUUCUGGAGUAUGAGGGCUACAAGUAUGAGCGGAUUGAUGGUGGGAUUACGGGAGGUCUUCGGCAAGAAGCCAUCGACAGAUUCAAUGCUCCUGGAGCCCAGCAGUUCUGUUUCCUCCUCUCCACCCGGGCUGGUGGCCUGGGCAUCAACUUGGCCACUGCUGACACCGUCAUUAUCUACGACUCGGACUGGAAUCCUCACAAUGACAUACAGGCCUUCAGCAGAGCCCACCGCAUUGGGCAGAACAAGAAAGUAAUGAUCUACCGCUUUGUGACGAGGGCCUCCGUGGAGGAGCGAAUCACCCAGGUGGCCAAACGCAAGAUGAUGCUGACGCACCUGGUGGUGCGGCCCGGCCUGGGCUCCAAGUCCGGGUCCAUGACCAAGCAGGAGCUGGACGACAUCCUGAAGUUUGGGACAGAGGAGCUCUUUAAGGAUGAUGUGGAAGGCAUGAUGCCUCAGGGUCAGCGGAUCAACGUGCCCGAGCCCGUGGCGCCCGCCCCCGAUGUCCAGGCCUCCAAAGGUGGUGGCACCUUAGCAGCUGGGGUGAAAAAAAAGCAUGGCAGCACCCCACCAGGUGACAACAAGGACGUGGAGGACAGCAGUGUGAUUCAUUAUGAUGAUGCUGCCAUAUCCAAGCUGCUGGAUAGGAACCAGGAUGCCACGGAUGACACAGAACUGCAGAACAUGAAUGAGUACCUAAGCUCCUUCAAGGUGGCUCAGUACGUGGUCCGGGAAGAAGACGGAGUGGAGGAGGUAGAGAGGGAGAUCAUCAAGCAGGAGGAGAACGUGGACCCCGACUACUGGGAGAAGCUCCUUCGUCAUCACUAUGAGCAGCAACAGGAGGACCUGGCCCGAAACCUGGGCAAGGGCAAGAGAAUCCGGAAACAGGUCAAUUAUAAUGAUGCUUCCCAGGAGGACCAAGGUACGACAGAAUGGCAGGAUGAGCUUUCGGACAAUCAGUCGGAGUACUCCAUCGGCUCCGAGGAUGAGGAUGAGGAUUUUGAAGAGAGGCCGGAAGGUCAGAGUGGGAGGAGACAAUCCCGGAGGCAGCUAAAAAGUGACCGAGACAAACCCUUACCCCCUCUGCUGGCAAGAGUUGGAGGCAACAUUGAGGUCUUAGGGUUCAAUGCCCGGCAGCGGAAAGCCUUCUUGAACGCCAUCAUGCGCUGGGGCAUGCCCCCCCAGGAUGCCUUCAACUCUCACUGGCUAGUCCGGGACCUCCGAGGGAAAAGCGAGAAGGAAUUUAGGGCCUACGUGUCCCUCUUCAUGAGACACUUGUGUGAGCCAGGGGCCGACGGGGCAGAGACCUUUGCGGAUGGCGUCCCUCGGGAGGGGCUCUCUCGACAGCAUGUGCUCACCCGGAUUGGAGUUAUGUCACUAGUUAGGAAGAAGGUCCAGGAGUUUGAACACGUUAAUGGGAAGUACAGCACACCUGACCUGAUUCCUGAGAGCAAGAAAUCCAGUGAGAUUGUCUCCUCGGACCCCAAUACCCCAGUCCCUGCCAGCCCAGCCCAUCUUCCUCCUGGCCCUUUGGGGCUCCCAGACAAAAUGGAAGCCCAGCUGGGCUUCCUGGAUGAAAAAGAGCAAAUGGAGCAGAAACCUCCCAAACCUCCUGAACUCCAGGUUCCAGGGAUGCCCUCUGACAAAGGGGAGGGGGAGGAGAAGCCAGAAAACCUGGAGAGCAAAGAGAAAGCUAGAGAGGAGAGGAGGGAAGAGAAUGAGAAGAUGGAUCCGUCCUCGCAUCAGCUGCUGAAAGAGGAUGCUCUCCCUGAAAAAGACAAGCCCCUGGAGAAGGUGGAAUUAAAUCUGAACCAUGGCAGAGGGGAUGACAAAGAUUUUCGGCCAGAGGACUCCAAGGUAGAAGAGAAGGAAACAGUGGAAACCCAGCAAAAUGGCGAAAAAGAGGAAGAUGAGGAAGGGAAGAAGGAUGACAAGAAUGAGAAAUUUAAAUUCAUGUUUAACAUUGCUGAUGGGGGUUUCACAGAAUUGCACACACUGUGGCAGAAUGAGGAGCGAGCUGCUGUCUCCUCGGGGAAGAUCUAUGAUAUUUGGCAUCGGCGCCAUGAUUACUGGCUUCUGGCGGGUAUUGUGACGCAUGGCUAUGCCCGCUGGCAGGACAUCCAGAAUGACCCACGCUACGUGAUCCUGAAUGAGCCCUUCAAGUCUGAGAUUCACAAGGGCAAUUACCUGGAGAUGAAAAACAAAUUCCUGGCCCGAAGGUUCAAGCUGCUAGAGCAGGCGCUGGUGAUUGAGGAGCAACUUAGGAGGGCUGCAUACCUCAACAUGACCCAAGACCCUAACCAUCCAGCCAUGGCCUUGAAUGCCCGUCUGGCAGAAGUGGAAUGCCUUGCUGAGAGCCACCAGCACUUGUCCAAGGAGUCCCUGGCUGGGAACAAGCCUGCUAAUGCUGUCCUCCAUAAGGUACUGAACCAGCUGGAGGAACUUUUGAGUGACAUGAAGGCUGAUGUAACCCGCCUGCCCUCCAUGUUGUCCCGGAUCCCGCCCGUGGCUGCUCGUCUGCAGAUGUCUGAACGCAGCAUCCUGAGCCGCCUGACAAACCGUGCCGGAGAUCCCACCAUCCAGCAGGGUUCUUUCGGCUCCUCCCAGAUGUACAACAACAACUUUGGGCCAAACUUCCGGGCUCCUGGACCAGGCGGGAUUGUCAACUACAGCCAGAUGCCCCUCGGCCCCUAUGUGACUGCCACGCCCACUGGGCCACCUGCCAGCCACCCCGACAGAAAAGGAGCUGACUCCCUGAAAGACGGUGCUGCUUUGGGACGAAAGGGGAAACUCAGCGAUGUCAUCUGCAUUGAAGACUAAGUCCCAGCCCCCAUGGGCCAGACGCCCAGAAGUGCCACCACGUCAUAUCUCAAGUGUUCUUCAAAAAAAAAAAAAAGGGAAAAAAAGGAAAAAAGAAAGAAAAAAGAAAAAGAGGAAAACAAAUAGCGACUUAAAAACAAACAAACCCAUUUCCAGAACUUCUUAGAAGGGAUUCCAUUUAUUUGUACAUCUUUUGCACUUUCUUAUUGAAGACUCGAAGAGUUUGUCUUGAUAAAGGUUGAAUGAAUUAUGAAGGAUUAUAAUGUUAACAGUAUUUAUGUCUCUGUUUUUAUCAACAUGCAUAAAAUCCAGAGGGAAACCUUGCUGGAGCCCCCAUUUCUAGACUUGUGGACCCUCACCUGCCAGUUAGGACGAGGCUUGAUUUUCUUAUGUGGCCUCCUGCUUGGCUCCUGACUCUCCUCACCAUAACUGUGUUUGAGCAGCUGCAUGCACCUUCUGCCCUCUUCGCUCCUGUCUGUUCUCCCAGCACCACCUAUGUUGUUGGACCACAGGCUACAGGCAGGGGCUGGCCCAACCUUCUGGCCUCUUUAGCAGAGUUCUGGCCUGGUUUCAUGUCUUGUCCUGGCCACCGCAAAGACCUGUUCUUGGGAUAGGGUUAGCAGGAUACUUUUUUUUUUGCCAUUUCUGCAAACUCUCCCACCUGCCUGGAAAUGCUGUCCUUCAGGAAUGCUGAUGGAGACAGGGUUGAGAUCACCAGACCCAUGGCCAGUCCCGAGGACCCAGGGUUCAUCUGUAAGAAGGUGUCGAUUCAUCAGGCCAAAGCCCCUUCCAAUCCUAGCCCUGCUGAGCCUGCCUCACACGCCACCACAGUUCAUCACAGUGAUACUUGGAGUCCUUCUCGUGGGUGGUAGAAAUCUGAUGACAGGGGCUGAGGCUUCAGGAUCUUAGGAUGAGAGGUGGUUCCUGGUGAGGGAAGAGGGGAUUGUCUGUGUCCAAGGGAAAGGUCAUGGGGAGACACCAUUUCUCCUGAUGUUGCUGGAAGGUUAGUGUUGAUUGACACCAGCAGGUUGAAGUCAGUUCUAGUCAUCUUCAAGUAUCCAAAGGGCUGUUAGAUGGAGGAAGGGAAUGGACUUGUUCUACUGGGCCCCAGUAGGCAGAGCUAGGAACAGUGAGGAGAAAGAAGUUGCAAAAUGGUGGAUUUGGGCUUGAACUCCCCAACAGUUAGAUCUGUCCCACAGUGGAAUGGGUCCCCUUGGGAUGCCCUCAUUGGAUGCCUUUGAUGCUGGAGGACCACUUAUUGGGGGAUUCUGUAGAGGAGCUUUAUCUUCAAGUAUGAGUUGGACUAGAUGGCCAGUAGAGGUCCCUGAAGGAGUGAGGGAUUGUGACAUUCCAUGAUUCUAGGAAGGAGGGGCCUGGCAGGUAGGGAAUCAUCAGGCUGGGUAACAACAGCAACUCUUAUUGGUCUGCAACAGUUUAGAUGCUGGUCUGUUUUGAGGCAGGGGGGAAGAUGACUCUUGUAGAUCCUUGCUAUCCUAAGGGCUGGAACACGGUUUCUCUAGCUCCAAAAGGUCUUUUUCUGCUCCUUUCAGCAGCCAAACUCUUUUAUGUAUGAAAGGGGUCCUUGCUUACAUCUUCUUGCUUCCCAGCUGCUUCUGUUCUUCCUCAAGACCUAAUUGAAUCUCUUCCCAAGUGAGAGAGGAAGGGGGUGGGCCCCGUAGGACUAGGGAUCGGUGCUUACUGAGGAGAAAGGAAGUAGUGAACACCAGAGUAGAUUUGUGGCCUUCCUUCUAUAGAGAUCUCUCCUUGGGAGGGGCUGAAGGGGGCUGAUUCCACUUCUGACUGAGGGUGGGAGGGGGCAUCAAAAGUAAUAGCAGGUGUUAAUUAAGUGCUCACUGUGUGCUAGGCACUGCUUUAGAUGCUGGCGAUACAAAUACAUAAGUGAAACAAUCCCUGCCCUCAAGGAGCUCACAUUUUAUUAGAAAGGAUAGAGCAAGUUCGUGUAGGGAGUCAGCUGGGUACAAUAACAUCUGUUGCUGAUGUGACCUGGAAAGAGUGAUUGGCCUUGGUUCUGGGUCUGGUUCUGCCACUUAUUGGCUAGCUGGGUGACCUCUGCCAAGUCACUUUUCCUCAGCCCUCCUUCUCUGGAACGUCAGGAGGUUUGACUCAGUGAGCUCCAAGGCCCCUUCCUAAACCCUCACAUUUGAGAUCAAACCCUGUGCCAGGAGAGCACUCGUGGUUGGGGGAGACUUCCCUAUUCCUCUCUCCUGAUUUAGAUUCAAAGAAGUUGUAAGAGCAUUGGAUCAGGGAGAAGCGUUUCAAGUUUAGACAGAGGCACACAAAAUUGCAGCGUGUGCAGCAGAUUAACCAAUUUUGACUGCCUAAAAUGGCAGUUCAUCAGAGGAAGAGGCCAUUUUCAGUUCAGAGUGGUUCAUUGUGUGCCAUUUCCAUAAAUGUUAUGUUCUACAGUUAGUAGUACCUUCUCCCUUGAAUGCAUCCUUGGCUCAGGCUGACAGAGAUAUGUGUGUGUGUGUGUGUG